AUGUCUCUUCGCAAGCUCGCCAUCGCCACUCUCGCGGCCAUCGCGGCACUGAAGACAACUGCCCUGCCGGUCGCUGGUGCGAUAGAAGGUGGCCAUAAGGGCGUCACUGAGCUCACUGACUUUUUGGUGCCUGAUAGCAUCACUGCCACCACCGUCGCGGCGCGGGACACGACUAGCUCCACCGCCCAGGGACCUGCCCCGGGCGUCAGCGGCAUCGACAUAGUCGUAAUCGUCCUGGCCGUCUGCGGCCUCAUCGCCGCCGUAUUCGUGUUCGUCUACACCAACUUUUGCGACACGUGCUUUUGCGACACGUGCUGCGUGAAGAAGCGGAUUGGGCGGGAGGCGGAGGAGGCGAGGAAGGAAAGAGAGCGCGUCAGGGAGGUGGAAAGGAGCAUGGCCCAACGGUACGGGUACGGGUUCGUGGACGUCGAGCUCGGCCCCAUGCCUGAGCAGCCCAUGUGCUCGCACCCGCCGCGCUACACCACGACCGACCCCGGCCAGCCUUGGGCGGGCCCGAGCUGA